CCACGAGUUAUGGGAAAUACAAAAAGAAUCAAAAGCAAUGCUUUAAAAUGGAGAUUCUUAUCAGUUUAUCCUCAAGGAUCAAAAUGCAUAGAUUCGUCUAUUCAGUCAGUAGGACCAAUCAUAAUCAACAAAGAAAAAAAUCUCAAGUGUUCCCGGAACCAAUAUAUCAAACAGCACAAUAAUCACAAUAAAAAUCUACCUACAAAGCUAGAUGAAUUAGAAAGCAAGUUAUUGAGGCAUCCAUUACUAUUAUUUCCUUACUUGGUUCAGUACUUACCUCUUUCUGUUUCGAAGACAGUAAUUGAUUUGUUAGAUCGACCACAUAAGGAAAAAUUGAUAGAUUUGGUUAAAAUAGCAAAACAUCAGAAUAUUCAUGAAAAUGUUCAUAAUAAAACAGGGAUAAAGUUAUCUAAACAAUCAAAUGGUGGUUUAAUAAGUGAUAGUAAGUUACAAUCUUCAGUUAGCUCAAUUCAAUCAAACGUUGAAAAUGAAGAUUCCAUUGAACCAGAAAUGUUCAUUGAAUACCCAUCAAUCAAGGAAGAAACAUUAGCAUUUUGUGAAUUUAUUAAGAAUUUGGAUGGUUCAUCAAUCGACAAUCCGGAACCGACAACACUAGCAAGUUUAUUUGCUGGAACACAUGAAGCCCAACCCCCAGUAUCAACACCAAUUAAUAUUGUUGAAUUGAUUAAUUUACCAUAUGAAUUAAGACACUCUAUUAAAGAACCACCCAAAUUACUCUGUGAUAAGCAUUCUUUGACUGAUUCAGAGAGUUUACCGCGUAUAACUAAGUCAAAUGCGGCUAAAAGGCAAGAAAAGAAUUUUGAAAGAUUACAUUAUGGUGCAUGGUAUAUUCCACCGAAACAAUGGAAAGUUAUCAAAGGUAAUGGUGCGAACACGACAUACAAUAAAAGUGAAUUUGAAAAUGUUAAAACCCAAUCAUAUAAGGGACAAGUAGAAAGCUUGAAUGGGAAAAUGAAAGAGACACAUGGAUACGAUGCCUUUAUGGAAUUUAUACAAAAUAAAAAUAAACGUAUACCUAAGUUUAUGAAAUUGCAAUAAAGUAACCUGAAAAUUGUAAAUCGAUCGAAAAUCGUUUGCCCUGUUGGAAUUCUCUCAAUUUUCGAAACUGACCUAGUGCUUGUCAGCUUUAUUACUGAGAAAACCAAUGUUCAGAGCUUCCUUUCUAAUAAAGACAAACACUACAUAUUCAAAACACUAACUUUAGUCAUGAAAUAAUCUAUCUGUUUUCUUAAAAGGCCUAAACCAACAUUUCUACUUGAUGUAGUUAUAAUAUAAUAUUCAGAA